GCCUUGUUGUGUUCUUUAAAAUAGAAGACCUGAUGAGGGUGGCCUCUAACUGGGAAAGUUUUCUUUAAGCUUUUUGGAAAGUUUUACCAGAGAUUUCAUUGCAGAAGUAUUAAUGACUCCUGUGACAAUGGCAGAAAGUGGUGGGCAGGAAAAGGCAAGAUGGAUCACAACAGUUAUCAUGAGUUCAGCUCUCCAGAGUCAUGAAAUUUCAGAAUCUCUACAGAGUCAACACCACAGAGUUCGAUAUUCAGAUUCGGUGGAAAAUGGAUCCAUGAUUUUUUCUCUUUCUGGCAUUGCAUUUCUAUUGGCAGACACACAAGACUUAUUUAAGACAGGAGGAGAACUGUUUUUAGGAAGAACUGAGAAGUUUAUAAACAUUCAUCGGAAUAGUUUUUUGCUUUUGUCAGCUGCCUUGCAUGGACCAAAAGAAUGGGAUUUAAUGUUCAGGAUACAGAAAAGAUUCCUGGGCAGUAAUUUACGUGUAAUUCCAGUUCAUAACACUGCUGAAACAGUUAAACUCAUGCUAAGUAUAGCAAAGAUCACCUGCAAACCACACAUAGACAACAUUCGUUACAGAAUGCUAAUGGCAAAAGCCCAGAUCAUAGACCAGAGUCCAGUUUGGAAAAUGCUUCACAAGAUCCAGUUGGAUUGUAACUAACUUAGUA